GCCCUGCAGGUUAGCCAGUGUGAUUGCUCGGCGUUCCGCUAGGCAUGCCUGUCGGUGUAGGGGCGUUCCUAAUAGCUUGAUAUUUGCGGGACGCAGCGCUGCAGGUAUUACAUGCUCGGUACCAAAGCAUGAGUAUGGCUAGUGCCAUAGUCAUAUCGGAUGAAUCUGAUUCGGGUACCAAGGCGGAUAUCUCUCUAAUACGGUGGCAUCGGGCGCGGCGGAAAAUACCGGGGCAUAUAUUGGGUGAAGACUCUUCCACACCAAAGAUUAAGAGAUGUCACCAGGACAUCAUCAUCGAUUUGACAGAAAAUAACUAUAACUAUAACAUGGAAAACAUAUCCGGAUCAGACAAUGAGGUCAUCGACUUGACGGAGGACAUAAAUGAAACCUUUAUAAAAACUUCUCCUGUCAGUUCUGAGUGGAACUAUGGCAGCUCUGACUCAGAUUCAGAGCUGAUGAGUGCAGAAGAGUUAUGCUGCUCGGAUCAGAAACUCAUUAAGUAUCUAACAACAGAUGAUGACUGCUCAGUUACUGGACACAACUCAGUUUCAAGUGGCAGCACCCGUGUUAAUAGUGACAUAGACUCCUUGGAUAGUUUGACAAGUCCCUUGGUAGGGCAAAGCAACUCUCCUGGAAGAAGUAAAGAUGAAUACUGUAAACCAAGUGAAAGCAAUACCGUUAAACUUAAUUUGGAAGUACCUGCAUUGCACUCUUUCAUUUCAACUUUAAACAAAACACCACAAUCAGACUUUUCCACAAAAUGUUCUGCAGCAGCUUUUCAGAUAUAUCCUUCAGAUAACUCAAAUUCCUUAUUAUUAUCUCCUAUCAAUACACAACAAGCUGACUUGGUCUCCAAAGAGGAGCCAUCUUUCAACAAGGCUUCACUGUACAAACUGAGAUGCUAUAGGAAUCCCCCUGUACAUCACUUAUUUUUCCACAGACUGAAACAGAAUGAAGAAACCAGAAAGAAGCUGAAAAUAACACCACAGCAAAUCCCUUCACGUCGUAUGAAUUUUGUGGAAUCUACUAUGGAAGAGAACUUUCCACAGGGCACACUGCACUUUCUCAAUGAAUUUGUAUCCAUUCAUCAUUAUCCAAAAAUCUCAGUUCUUCGCCACGUUGUCUCAGACUUCUUGCUUGGGUCAGAGGAAUCAGGCAUCAGGAAUGACGCUUACACUUUUCUUAUGAAAGUGCAGAGGCUACACCCAGCUAACCAACAUACAGUACCCUGGGACUGGGAAUCACUUAGUAAAGCCAUGGAAAACAAGGAGCAGCCAGUGCUGUGCCUAUUUCUUCAGUAUGUGGUUCAGACACUAGAAGAUGAUUUUCAGCUCUGUGUACACCGACGGAAUCUGCAUACUUGCUUAUCUAAAGUAAUGAUUUCUUGUGAUACGAAGUUCUCUAACAUCAGACAUGUAAUUAAUUGGCUGAUAAAAACAAUGAAUGACUCUUCUCAUAUUACUCCAGAAAUGGAAGAUAGUGCUGGGUGUGAUAACCAAAGGAUUAUGUGCCUUUUGCAGCGUAUGCUCUCCAUUGCUGUGGAAGUGGACUUGUCACCCUCUUGCUCUUCAUCUCGGAUUGCAGAUUCUGUAUUUCCUGAUGUGAUCUGCUUAACCAGCCGCCAUGAAAGGGAGAUGUUUUUAAGCAGUAUAGAGAGUGCCCUCUUACGAGCCAAAGUUAUCGAAGUGAUCCUUCAGCACAGCUGCCCGGAGAGAAAAGACCUUUCACUGUCUGUAGCAAAGAUCUUGUACUUCCUUGUGAAUUCCAAACUUCUCUUAGGAAAGCAGUUACGUUGUCUUUCUAAGGACCUGGAAAGUGAGUGGCAGAGAUGGGAUGAAUUACUUCAUUUCCUGAUUUUGCUGUUUCUUAGUUACCAGCAAAUAAAAUCAGAGAAUUUACUGAUCCGAAUAACAGACCGAAUUGAUAAAAUUGCACAUGUACAACAGGCUGUGAAUUCAGAUGAUGACAUCACUGAAAAAGAGAUUGACUCUCACCUGGACACUUUUAAAAAGCGCACAAAUCUUGAGACUGAUAUACCAUCAGCACUUACAGAGAGACUUCAUAUGCUGCGCAUCUUACUUUGUACAGCUGUUCAUCAAAAGACUUAAAGCAAAGAAGAAAUUUGGCUAUAACACUAAAUGUAAAGUGCUGAAACAAGCUACAUGGAGAGACCAAGUUCCAAUGAGUCUUACUCUUAAUUUGAGAGCAUAUUACACAUGGAGUAAUUUUGGGCACUUUAGUGCCAAAGAUUUUUAGCUUAUUCAGGUGUAGCACCAAAAGUUGCACUUUUAUUUGCUUGCAGGAGCAGGUAAUUGGAGUAAUAUCGCACCUGCCUCUGAGCUAGUAGAAACAGUAGAUGAUAAAUGGUUUGUCAUUGCCCUAAGAAGCACACUUCAUACUGGCUCAUGUAGGUAAAAUACCACUAUGUAUAAAGGCAAGCCUAUCUAGGAUAGUAGUUUGUAUUUUAUGUAUUUUUUUUUAAAGGAACGUGUAGUUAUGCACCUUAUACAGAUUUAUAACGCAAGGCAUUCAUUUUUUAAAUCAUUUCUAUACUUACAGUGCAGCUUACCAUUUUGUGAAGCACUUUAUACAUUUAAACAAGAUUUUUUUGUAGUAUCAUUUGCUAUAUUUGUAUUUCUAUGUGUAUAUUACACAUUUGUCUGUA